AUGAACUAUUCGUCAGAGAAUGUAUCAUCUGCUGCUUUGCGUAAAAGAAAAACAUUAAAGAAAUCCAUCAACUUUUCCAUUAUGAUCAUUGGAGAAAGUGGUUCAGGAAGAUCGACUUUGAUCAAUACCUUGUGUGGUGGUAACUCCAUUGUUCCAACAUCACUGACAGCCAGUCAAGAUCCAUUCACCAAAAAGUUGACAUUGAGACAUGAAAAUGUUGAAUUGGAAGAUAACGAAGGUCACAAGAUUUCUUUAAAUAUUAUUGAUACCCCAAAUUUCGCAAAUCUGAUCAACUGUGACGACGAUUUCAAGAUCAUUGUUGAUUUCAUCAGACACCAAUUUGAUGAAGUAUUGUUGGAAGAAAGCAGAGUCAAAAGAAACCCAAGAUUUAAAGACGGAAGAAUCCAUGUGUUGAUUUAUAUGAUUAACCCUACUGGUCAUGGUUUAUCAGAUAUCGAUGUCAAAUUUUUGCAACACGUCAACAACUUGGUCAACAUCAUUCCUAUCAUUGCCAAAGCCGAUUCCUUAACCCCAGGUGAAUUAAAAUUAAACAAGCAGUUGAUUUUAGAGGACUUGAAUAACUAUGGUAUCAACUUCUACAAAUUUAACGAAUACGACUACGAACAAGAUUAUAUUGAUGAGGAAAUUAUCGAAUACAACAAAUACUUAAACUCCUUGAUCCCUUUUGCCAUUAUUGGUGCUAACGAAUACAGAGCUAAUCCAAACGGAGCCGAUGACGAAGAAGAUAUCUUAAAGUUGAGAAUUUUACAAAAAGAUUUGAAACCAAUCAACAUCGACAAUGCCGAAAUCAAUGAUUUUACUAUUUUGAAGAACGUCUUGUUAAUCACCCACUUGAAUGAAUUUAAAGAUAUCACCCACGACUCCAUAUACGAAAACUACAGAACUGAAGCAUUGCUGGGCAAACAGUUCCAAUACGUCAAUAGCGAAACCUCUAAACAGGAGAUUGGUGAAUCCGAUUACCUUAUGAAGGAAGAACAGAUCAAAUUGGAAGAAGAAAGAUUAAGAAAAUUUGAGGAGAGAGUCCACCAAGAUUUGAUCAACAAGAGAAAAGAGUUGCUCGAAAGAGAAAACGAACUUAAGGAGAUUGAAAAGAGAUUAUUGGCCGAAGGCUUGAAAUUUAAUGAAAACGGUGAUGUUAUUAAAAUACACGACGAUGAAAACAGCGUUGCACCGGAAGCUGAAGUUGAAGCUGUCUAA